UUCAUGCGUACACUCGGCACGCCGAAACACAACGACUCGCUCAUCUAGUGGCUUUCAAUGAAGCUCCUCCUAACAUCAUUCUGGUUCGUCUCGUGCAACUUCUCUACGUUGAAGCAGAAGUGGGCCAAAAUGGCUCUUUCCGUGGGCUCGGUCCUGUGAACGGUGAUCCUAACGACAAGCUCUAUCACAAGCAGAAGGCUUAUCUUGAGGCCAUCUCUAUACCGGAGGCUUGGGGUAUCCUGGACUCUACUCCCAAGAGAACACCUGUGACCAUCGCAGUUAUUGACAACGGAAUCGAGGCCACUCACCCUGACUUGAAGGGUACCGUCAUCCAGGGCUACAACGUGGUUGAUAAGAAUGAUGAUACCAGUCCUCGAGGAGAGCAUGGAACCAACAUGGCUGGCAUCGUUGGUGCUAUCAGGAAUAACAAGAUCGGUAUGGCGGGUAUUCUGGACAGGGUGCGCAUACUGCCCAUAGUCACGGGUGCAACUUCGACUUUUCGCACAUUGACGGAUGCUUUCACCUACCUGAUCAAUGAAAAGAAAGAUGAUGUAAAAGUUAUUCUCAUGACGGACGGAACCGCCAAAUCAAGUUCUCGAGCCGUUACAGACAAGAUUUUGGAAGCAACUGCAGCUGGCAUGCUCGUUGUUGUUGCGGCAGGGAAUCGCCACCUGGAUCUGGACAUAACCCCAUAUUUCCCUUGUUCCUUCGGCCGUUCACCCGCUGAUGGAGUGUUAUGUGUGGCUGCAACGUAUGGUACCAAAUUGCAGCUUGUUGGCAUAAGCAAUUUUGGUUUAGCUGUUGACAUCGCCGCUCCAGGUUACGAAAUAGUUGUAACUCAUCUUGGAGACAAGUAUGCCACUGUUACGGGUACUUCGGGGGCAUCCGCUAUCGUAGCAGGUAUAGCUGGGUUGCUCUACACCCUUGAACCAUCUGCGAAGACUAAGUUGACUCCUGCUUACAUCAAAAGUAUCAUCCGGGAUACUGCCACCGCAGUGUCAAGGACA